AUGAAAGGUCUAGAGUAUGAUAUCUUGUCUUGGUGGAUGAGAAACAGUGCCAAGUUCCCCAUUCUCUCAUUAGUAGCUAGGGAUGUUCUUGCUAUGCAAGUGUCAUCUGUCGCAUCUGAAUCUGCAUUUAGCACAAGUGGUAGAAUGUUAGAUCCACAUAGGAGCUGUUUGACACAUUACAUGAUAGAAGUCUUGAUGUGCACCGAGCAAUGGUUGAAAUGUGAAAUUCAUUUCAAUGAAAAGGGAGUUUCAACAAUUGAGCAAAUGCUUUCGGAGGUGGAGCUGCAAGAUGACCUUAUGAAAGAGUUUGAGCCUGAAAUCAAUCAACAAGAAACAUGA